UGGGGUGGAGGGCGCGGCGGGCGAUCGCGUCUCUCUGCUCGGGGUUCCGACCCGAAGCACCCACGCCCCAAACUGGGCAGCAGGCUGAGCGGAGUGCAGAACUGGCCGUGACCUGCUCUGCCCCGGACCUAGCGGAGCCCCAGCCGCCCGCACCCGCUUACGCUCGGGCCACCGCACUGCGCGUGCGCCCUGCGCUGCCGCCCGAAGGAUAUUGUGAUUGCUAAGUACCACAAAGGAGCAAGUGAAAGCUGUGAGGUUCUCAAACACAAGAAAGCCUCUUUGGUGCACAAUUCUGCAGCAUCAUUGGAAUACUACCUGAGCGUUUCUUUGUGCCAUGUCGAAGAAGCGUAAAUGGGACGAUGACUAUGUACGGUACUGGUUCACCUGUACGACAGAAGUCGAUGGAACUCAGCGUCCGCAGUGUGUGUUGUGUAACUCCGUGUUUGCAAAUGCUGAUCUCAGACCAUCAAAACUGUCAGACCAUUUCAACAGACAGCAUGGUGGUGUGGGUGGGCAUGACCUCAACAGCCUGAAGCAUAUGCCAACCCCAUCUGACCAAAGUGAAACCUUGAAAGCAUUUGGAGUUGCCUCUCACGAGGAUGCCUUAUUACAGGCAUCAUAUCAGUUUGCUUAUUUAUGUGCCAAAGAGAAGAAUCCUCACACGAUAGCUGAAAAAUUAGUGAAACCAUGUGCGUUGGAAAUAGCACAGAUAGUUUUGGGACCAGAUGCACAAAAGAAGCUUCAGCAGGUGCCCUUAUCAGAUGAUGUGAUCCACUCCAGAAUUGAUGAAAUGAGCCAGGAUAUCUUACAGCAAGUUCUAGAAGAUAUCAAAGCCAGCCCUCUCAAAGUGGGUAUUCAGCUUGCUGAGACCACAGACAUGGACGACUGCAGCCAGCUAAUGGCCUUUGUGCGGUACAUAAGAGAGAGAGAGAUCAUAGAAGAAUUCCUAUUCUGUGAACCUUUGCCAUUAACAGUGAAAGGAAUCGAUGUGUUCCACCUCUUCAGAGAUUUCUUUGUGAAACACAAGAUAGCACUUGACGUCUGUGGCUCUGUGUGCACUGAUGGGGCCUCAUCCUUGCUAGGAGAAAAUUCAGAGUUUGUUGCUCAUGUGAAAAAAGAGGUUCCUCACAUUGUGAUUACACAUUGUUUAUUGAACCCUCAUGAACUGGUCACAAAGACAUUGCCUACAAAAUUGAGGGAUGCCCUGUUCACUGUGGUGAGGGUGGUCAAUUUCAUCAAAGGGCGGGCGCCCAAUCAUCGCCUGUUUCAGGCCUUUUUUGAAGAAAUUGGAAUCGAGUAUAGUGUUCUCCUUUUCCACACGGAGAGGAGGUGGCUUUCCCGGGGCCAAAUACUGACUCAUAUUUUUGAAAUGUAUGAAGAAAUAAAUCAAUUUCUUCACCACCAAAGCAGCAAUUUGGUUGAUAGCUUUGAAAAUAAAGAGUUUAAACUUCACCUAGCGUACCUUGCGGAUUUGUUCAAACACCUCAAUGAACUCAGUGCAUCUAUGCAAAGAACUGGCAUGAACACAGUAUCAGCCAGAGAGAAGCUGUCCGCUUUUGUUAGGAAGUUUUCAUUCUGGCUAAAACGAAUCGAGAAGAAAAACUUUACCAACUUUCCUUUUCUUGAAGAAAUCAUCGUCUCGGAUCACGAGGCAGUCUGCAUUGCCACGGAAAUAACCCUGCAUCUGCAGCAGCUGAGCAGCUUCUUCCAUGGAUAUUUUUCCGUGGGAGAGCUGGAUGAGGCAAGUAAAUGGAUACUGGAUCCAUUCCUGUUUAAUCUGGAUUUUGUUGAUGAUGGUUAUUUCAUGAAAACUGAUCUCACUGAAUUGCGAGCCAGUGGCCAAAUCCUAAUGGAAUUUGAGACAAUGAAGCUGGAGGAUUUCUGGUGUGCUCAGUUUAUGGUGUCUCCAAGCCUGGCAAAGACAGCUCUGGAAAUCCUCAUGCCAUUUGCAACCACUUACCUUUGUGAAUUGGGAUUUUCAUCCCUUUUACAUUUUAAAACAAAAUCUAGAAGCGGCUUUAAUAUGAGCGAUGACAUCCGUGUGGCUAUUUCAAAAAAAGUUCCUCGUUUCUCAGAUAUCAUUGAACAAAAGCUACAGCUACAGCAGAAGUCUCUGUGAGCUGAUAGACUUUCUUAGUGUUUAAUGGUUAAUACAUUGUUAAUCCCAUUGUGAAACGAAACUAUCGUUUUGUCUCUUCUCUUUCCUAUUUAUGGUAUGUUGAAUCCUGUGUUGUAAAAAUAUAGCAGGUUAGCUUUUAAUGUGGCAUGCAAAGAUAUGUCUUGAGA